CCAUCAGCUGCCAGUCACGCUGCACGCAGCACACAGCACGCACGAUUAUACAACUCUGGACAUUAUUGUUGCUUGGCUCAUCUCGGCCAGGUAGACACCAGUGCGGCCCGUGGCGUCCGAUAGUGUUAAAGGAAUGGCUCGGCAAACAUACAGCAGGGACCCACCGGGCCCCUCCGUCAAUACAAGUGGUAUUACGGUGACGUCUGACUCACAAAGCUCCUCAUCUACGUCUGCCAUAUUCCUUGCUCAGCCCCUGACGGCAAGUGUAAACGACAUGCGGAAUUCAGAUACACCGGUAUCAAGUGAACCGUUAAGCUCUCAGACGGCGAUCCCAGCACCUGCAGCUCAUCCUGGGGGCUCGUCACUUCGAACCACGGCACCGCUCCCUGGGAGCUCGUCAGGGGUGUCCACGUCCAGCUCGGGCACCCUUGCCAACCGGGCGAAUACCAAUAUUGGCACGCCGACGGCAUCACCUCGACGGAUGUCCUCGAAUGUCCCCCGUCGAACGACUGCUGCCAGUGCCAGCGCAAGCUCUGCACCGGGGCCAACAUUUGCCUCGCUAUCCGGCCCUUAUCAUUCUGGCAACACAGGCAGAAGUCCAGCUACCGGCACCGAACAUGCAAUGUCAGCAGGUUCAUCCUCCUUUGCAAACCGCUCCAAUCCAUCAUCGCAUAUUCCCCAGAAUGCAACGCUGGGCAGCGGCUUCCGGGCUUCGGGCUCGUCCCAUUUUGGCUUCAACACCAACACGCCAGCUUCGUCCAGCGCUGCAGCGACAAACGCUUUCGCAUUUUUCAAUUCAAAUGCUGGCACUUCGUCCCCUCGGCUCGCGAACACCACCAUUUCAGGGUUGCCUGCGCGUGCGGGUUACAGCAAUAGCGCUAUUCAUUCAGGCAUAGGGGGUAUGCCCACGAGACACGGUCUGGCAUCGACCAGCUCUGUUGGAAGCCAUGCACACUCGAAUGAUAUCGCACACCGUGGAAGAGCGCUUGAUACCGAAUUUCGGAUUUUUAGUCGCUUUGAUGAGACACGCGCUGUUUCAUUCACCUGGACUAUUGCUGAGCUUGCGCUACUGCGUGACGAGGUAGAGAACUCGGCCGCUCCGUUCGAUCCAGCGGUCGAAGGCGUAAGGGGAGGGACCGACGAGUCUGUCGCGCGUUCCGUGAGCGCAGGUGCGGGCAAGAGCGAAAUUUGGACCACUCAGCCGAUGUUUGACGACAAACGCUGGAAGCUGGAGCUGGUCAGGACGACCCGCCACCUGCAGCCUACAGAAGCUCCGGCAGAGGACACGGCCAGCUCUGCCACUGUACUGAGCGUGUACCUGACCUCCACCGUGUUCGAGUACUCCAGCCCCGACUUGGAGUUCGAUGCGGCGAUCAUGAUUGGCCUCCGGCCGGCUCAAACUCAAAGAGGUCUACGUCAAUAUGGCAUGAAUGAUUGGCUGUGGCAAGUCUUCGAAGGAUACACCUUUGACCGAGAAAACGACUUCUACGAGUGCCAUGGCCUUCCAUCGCUGUCAGAGCUCCUGCAAAAUCCCGCGGUAGCAAAGCACGACGCGGUAGCCCUCACAGUGCAGAUUGUGCUAGGUCCAGGACUGGUUCACGCGGUACCGGAUAAAGACCACAUGCCACCCAUGAUACUCUUCCCGCAGCCGAACACACACCAAGUCCCCAAAUCGAUGCUCACUUCGCUUGAGAGCCUGCUUGAUUGCUCGCGUACAGGAGACGUGCGCUUGAUCGUGCGCGAGCGUGGCUGGGUACCAGCAUCGUCGAUGAUCGGCGAAGAUGGAUCAGAGCUGCAUGGUAUACCAUCUGUAGCUGUUCGACCCUAUCCGCUUGGCGCACAUAUCGAGUUUGACGAAGAUAAUGAGGAGGACUCGCCAGUCGUCGUGAUUCGAGAUCGCAUCAUCUGGGCACAUAGUGCCGUUUUGCAAUCUCGCAGCAGCUACUUUGCAACCAUGCUUGACAGCGGCUUUUCGGAAGGACAAGGACUCUCUGCCAAUACCAACACUCCCGAUGCCCAUCACCAGCGCCGUUUCAGCACGCUCUACAUUCCUGAUGCAGACUUUGCAACUGCCUACUGGCUGCUUCGUUUCCUCUAUGUUGGUGAGAUCGACUUUUCGCACGACGAAGACGUCAAGGAGGAGAUCAUGGAUGGUGUCUGGGCGAUCCGCAACGGCAUGUCUUCCGUGGGAGGUACAGCAGGCAGCAGCUUCCUGCGAAGAUGGAUCAAAGUGAACGACCUGCAACAGCCAGAUGUCAUCUCCCUUGAGCCACAUGCGCAUCCAGACCCGGCGGGGCCACAUGCAACAGUUCAUGUCCCGCAGCCAUCAGCUAGCAGGACCCAUCGCGGCUUAAGCGCUCGGACAUCUGCGAGCUCGGUAUCUUCAAGCAUCAGCGCUGCGGGGGGCCAUGACCUACCGCAACAGCCUCCGCCCCUGUCGCCUUCUCAUGCCGGUCACGAAGCUGGUGGUCCUAUGUAUGCAAGCAGCCGCGGUGCCCGCUUCCCUUCGAAUUCGGGCGCGCGCAGUGCGUCCGGAAGCGUAAGGCGCAGUGUCUCCAGCGAUCGCACGCAUCCCCCGAUGAUGAGCAGCAGCACGUUGCAGCAGCAGCAUCAUCAGCAGCAGCCGGCCGCGGAAUACAAUGUUUGGGCGAGCCUUGCUGAGCCGACUGCAGACGAGCACGUCCACCCGUGCAGUAAAGCCCCGCCUGCGAGUGCUCUGGCCAUGUACAAGCUUGCCCAUCGCUAUGGCCAGGCCUCUCUCGAGCGGCUCGCCAAGCGACAUUUGAUCACCGGCCUCACACCGCGCAACGCUUUUGCGAUGUUGCUCGCGACAUCGCUCUAUCCUGACGUCCAUGCAGGCGUCAAAGAAUACGUUUACUUCCACUGGGCCGCCGUAUCUGCGACCCAAGAGUUUGAACAGUGUUGCGACGAGGUGUCAACCGGGGAGUGGGGUGUGGACGCUGGACGUUCCCUUCGUUCCUUCAUGAGAUCGCUCGUGUCCCCAUAUGGCACCCGUGCCGAAUCUGUCUGAUCAAUGACGCCGGCAUUGACUUAUUUUGUAGAGUUACCUCGCACUUGUUGUAUCAAAAUAGCAGACGAGUAUUGCAC